UUGGCGGAACCGAGGAAGAAGAGGAAAGGUUAUUGGAGAGAGUUCACGACCGCAGGGCGAGAGCUUGCUAUGGAAUCGGCGGAGGCGGCGAGGAACGCGAAGGAGACGCUCGAACUGGCCUUCCAGAUGUCGAAUAUUCUGGAGACAGGCCUCGACCGCCACACCCUCUCCCUCCUCAUCGCCCUCUGCGAUCGCGGCGUCAACCCCGAAGCCCUAGCCACCCUCGUCCGCGAGAUCUCCCAGCGGCCCGGCCCUUCGGCACCCUCCGCCACCGCCACCUCCUCCGCCUCUUCUUCCCGUGCAAAUCCCCGCCAGUAGAUGCGCCUUCGUGCCUCCAUUGCUAGGUAAUAGAUUUCCUAUCAAUUCCAUGUCAUUUUUCUUUCUUUCCAUUAUGUGAUUCAGGACCAGUAAACCAUUUCGAGAUAUGGUAAAUGCCUCACUUUGAUGUUUCUCAUGAUUGAGAAUAUACUCCUUCUCCACUAGCAUCCCAAAAGAGUGUUGUACCUUAUAUCUC